UUGAACAUGAUAUGAUGAUGCAAGGGUUGUCGACCGAAAUGCAAUAAACUUUUACUUUUAUUCUAUUCUAUACAUAGGUUUAGGUAUGUAUGUGCCUGGUUAGUAAGCCGUGCUUGUAAAUUUUUAGUAAAGCGGUCAUGUCUCGCCUUUCUGCGGUUUGAAGUUCUCCUUGGAUUUAUUUCGUUCCAGAUUCUUUACUAAAUUUGUUAUAUUUAUGACUAUCUCGAAUGUCGACUGACUGUAUGAAGGUUGAACACCUCGAUUUCGUGUCAUUCGUACCUGACUGUGUCCACAUGACGUAUGUUCUGCUAAUAUUUAGCAAAAAAUAAUGGUGACCAUACAGAAAUCCCAUUUUGACCUUAAAGUAAGGGACGGAGUUUUUCUGAAAGAUAUGAGCUGGUGGGGACAGACGUCAGAGUUUUGCAUGGAUAGCAGCUUGCACGGGCUGAGAUAUAUUGGACAGCCAAGACGGCACUGGUUUGAAAGAGUGUUUUGGUUCAUCGCUUUCUGCAUUUCGAUCGCAGUAUCUACCGUUUUGAUACUCGAAAUCUGGGAAAAGUACCGCCUCACCCCAGUAAUCACGGUGUUCCAGCCAAAAGAUACUAGAAUUAAUCUCUUACCAUUUCCUGCCAUCACUAUCGGUAACACGAACAACGUGCAGAUAUCAAAGGCAGUGGAGUUUGAGAGCCGACUGAUCGCAAAUCCGACGGAUCCUCACGCCAAUGAGGAUCUCUACCAAAUAAAUCAUAUUUGCCAAUCCUCCAUAACAUUUAAGGACACUUUCAACUUUUCCCUUGAUCAUGCCUCCGUGCGGAAAGAUCUGAUCGAACAAAUCGUCAAAUUCAAAAUCAGCAAAAAUCAUGCAUUUGGUUCAAGCGGUGUAGAUUUUGCUCAUCUGUUGAGAGAUGUGAGAUAUUAAAAUCAAAAUUUAUACGAUCAAAUGUCUUGAAUAUUGAUUGUUGGCAGGUGGCCCAAAAAUGUGAUGAUCUCAUCCUUCUCUGCAUGUGGGGAGGGGACGUGAGAAAGUGCAGCGAUUUAUUUGAUGAAAUUGAGACUGACUUCGGCUACUGCUGCGUCUUUAAUAUGGUUCCGAUGUCUUUGUUGAUGAAUUUGAGGUACGCAGAUUUACCAAACCGAAAAUCUUGGAACAUGAUCCAUUGUUUUAUUUAUUGUACAAUUUUUUAAAGAAAUGAUUCACGAGACAAUCAAACCAGAAUUAAUGAUUGGGAAUCGCUAAAUUUGGAUACAGACAACAUGAUUCUAGACGAGGAGGGAGCAUUUGAAAACGAAUACAGACAAAAGUUUGGAACACUGCCUAGAUUCCCGCGAAGACAACGUCGGCCCGGGAAAUCAACUGGACUUUCAAUGUUACUAAAUCCUGAUAAAGAAGGCUAUUUUUGCACGAAUACAGACUCCGUCGGAUUCAUGGCGGUGGCUCAUCUUCCCUUCGAUUUUCCAAACGUGGCUGAUAAAGGAAUCGCCAUCAAACCCAAUACGGAAACAUAUCUUAAAAUCGAACCUGAAAUUG